AUGGGUGUCCACAUGCUGCGCAUUCUCGUUGUUCUCGCACUACUAUCCUGUACAAUUAUGGCCGACAAGGAGCACAAAGGUGGAAUGGUCGGUGGAAUGACAAAGCAGGAUCCCAAUGACAAGGAGUUUCUGGAAAAAGCAUGGAAGGCUACGAAAGGCAUCAACGAUGACGCAUCUAACGCUGGCCCAUACCAUCUGAUGCCCAUCAAGGUUCUCAAAGCCGAAUCCCAAGUUGUAGCUGGAGUACGAUACGUGUUUGAAGUACUUUUUGGUGAAUCAAAAUGCAAGAAAGGGCAUGUUGCUGCCACUGAACUUUCCGCAGCUAAUUGCGAGCUGAAGGAAGAUGGAAGGAAAAUGCUGUAUAAAGUGGAACUCUGGGAGAAACCAUGGGAGAACUUUGAGCAAUUCAACGUAGAGAAGAUUCGGGAUGUUGAACCUCAUGAAAGUCUCUGAAGUAUCUAUUAUACUUAUACAUUCACUGGCAUUGUAUGUAAACGCAUUUUGUACAUUUCUGUAAGAAGUGAUGUUUUAUGGUAGUUCACACUUUGUAAUGAUUGCCUCUGCUCACGAAUAAAUAUUUUAAUGUACCUCUCUAUCAGUUAUCUGAACCGUAGUUAACAUGGUAAUGCUCUGC